UGGGGACAGAGCACUGGGAUGGCGCUGGGGUGGUUGCCAUGCUUGCAGGGUCCCUGCUGCUCCCUCUUCUUGCUUUCUUGGUGAUGGGGCGUGGAGCAAGCUGAGGAGAGGGGUGACUGCAGUAACCCCCUGGGAUGCCCUGUGCACUUUAUGGGUGUGCCCUCUGCUUGGGAAACUGAGGCACACGUAAGGCAGAGCAGCAUUUCCAAGAGCAUCACUGCCUCCAAGCCCUGCUUUUUGGGGUGCGCUGCUGCUCCCCAGCCCGGGGGGGUGCCAGAUACGGAGUGAGCAGCAGCGCAGCCCUCACUGGCGGUGCUCUCAGCCCAUUUCUUGCCCUUGUUUCCCAUCGGCAUUGCUGCUCCCAGCCAGCUUGUCCCUGCCAGCUGCUGCAGUGCUUCUCAGCAGCCUUCUUGGAGCCCUAGAGAGGUGGUUCCAGCUCCAGGUUUUUUUCAGCCUAGAAAGGAAAGGGAAACAUAACUGCAAGGAGGUAGCUCAUAAUGCGUUGCUGCUCGUCAGCAUGCGCUGCUGUAUGUUGGAGAGGAGAACAGCAGAGGGUGGCUGCUGCAGCAGGGGCUCUCCCAUGCCUGCCCCCACCAGCAGACUGUCUCAGAGCAGGGUCUGAGCUUCCCUGGUACUGCACGGCACUCAUCUAUGUCACCAUGCACCUUUGCCACCACGGUGCACCUUCAUCUGCACAAAUGCUUGUGGUCCUGGGUUUUGUUAGCACUCGCUUGUUAGCGGGCUGUGCUCAGCUCUGGACUCCUCAGCACAGGAAGGAAAUGGAGCUGUUGGAGCGAGUCCGGAGGAAGCCACAGAGAUGAUCUGAGGGCUAAAGCACCUCUACUAUGAGGACAGGCUGAGAAAGUUGAGCUUGUUCAGCCUGGAGGAGGGAGGGCUCUAGGGAGGCCUUAGAGCAGCUUCCAGGACAGAAAGGGGCUACAGGAAAGCUGAGGAGGGGCUCCUGAUCAGGGAGUGCAGGGAUGGGACGAGGGGAACAGUUUUCAGCUGCAAGAGGGGAGAUUGAGAUGAGAUCUUGGGGAGAAAUGUUCUCCUGUGAGGGGGGAGGAGGCCCUGGCCCAGGGUGCCCAGAGCAGCGGUGGCUGCCCCAUCCCUGGAGGUGUUCAAGGCCAGGUUGGAUGGGGCUUGGAACCCCUGAUCCAGUGGGAGGUGUCCCUGCCCAUGGCAGGAGGAGUGGAACUGGAUAGGCUUAAAGUUCCUUCCAACCCAAACCCUUCCAUGAUUCUGUAACCAAUGCAUGGCCUGGCUCACACUUGUGCAAAAACCCAAUGUGCACCAUUGUGCCCACGAGUGUGGCCGCAGCCGGUGCCCGAGGUCCCCACAGGGUGCUGUGGAGUUUUCCCAAUCUAAGGGAUGGCUUUUUGUAGCUGCCACCCUUAAACCUGCAUUUAAUCUGCAGCUGAGCACCGUUUAGGGGCAAGUGCUGGCAAGUGGCAGUGUGGGCUGUGCUGACACUGGCAGCCAGCGAGGUGUCUUCUUCAGGUGAGAGCAGAGAAGUGGCCUGGGGAGUGUUGAAAUGUCACUUGUGGGGAAAGAGCCUUGCAAAGCCGCUCAUGAACUGAGCUCUGCAGGUGGACAUAUAGCUGCCUUUCCAUCUGCACACCAGGAUUUUGGGGGAUGCUUUUGUUCAGAGAAGGGUAGAGAGGGUCCCAAUGGUUGGGAGAGGUCUGUGCCGCAGUGCCCAUGCUCCUGCCAUACUCUGGUUUGAUGCUUGUCUGUGUUUCCUCCUCUCUCCGCGGGCGAGGAUCCCCGGAUAGGAGGUCUCUCCAUGCCCGUCCACCACGCCAGCACCCAGACACCGCUAGGUGACGGUGUGCUGGGCAGAGGAGAUGCUGGCGAGUAACGAGCAGUCCCUGUCUCACCAGGCUGAGCACGCUGGCAUCCGGACGUACUUCUUUAGUGCCGAGAACACGGAGGAGCAGGAGUCCUGGAUCCAAGCCAUGGGCGAGGCUGCCCGGGUGCAGAUCCCCCCAACACAGAGGCAUGAGAAACCAGACUCUGAAAACAUUCCCCCCAGCAAACACCACCACCACCGCAACACCACCAACCGCGAACACCCCAAAGCUGAGCCCGACGCCAAGACCCGAGGAGAAGGUGAUGGUCGUGGCUCGGAGAAGAUCGAGAGGAAAUCAGAGAGGAUGGAGAGCAAGAAGGAACCUUUGGCCAAAGCCAAUGGCAUCGCUGGGCAGGAGGUGCCUUCAGAACCUGGCAGUCCUUACCCUGAAGCACCCCGGGUGCCUGCAAGCGUGGAGCGGCUUCCCCAGCCCAACGGUUGGUCGUACUCAUCGCCCAGCCGCCCUGGCAGCACUGCAUACCCCCCUCCCGAUGGGGAGAGCACGUCCCAGCGCCGGGGCUUUGCCCCUCGCACCAACCCCGAGAAGAUUGCCCAGCGCAAGAGCUCGAUGACACAGCUGCAACAGUGGGUGAACUCACGCCGGGGAGCCAUGCCCCCCGAGGAGUUGCGGAGCCCCACCAGGUUUUACCCCAUGUCUCGACGGGUCCCCGAUUACUAUUCCCCCUACUCAGCCCAGUAUCCUGAGGACUACCAGUACUACCCACCCAGCGUGCGCCCCGAUAGCAUCUGCUCCAUGCCUGCCUACGAGCGGGUGAGCCCGCCCUGGGCACUGGAUGACAAGCGGCACUCCUUCCGCAACGGGGGCACCUACCAGCUCCGAGACUGGAAAGAACACCCUGGUUUUGGCCGGCAAGAUGUCCCGCUCUGGCUGCCCGGUCCUGGGAGGCAGCCAACUUACUUGGAUGAGGUGGAUGCAGCCUCAGGGUCCUUGCGAAGGAUGUCACUGCAACCCCGUUCCCGCUCUGUGCCGCGCUCGCCCAGCCAGGGCUCCUACAGCCACACACGGGUGUACUCCCCAGUCCGCUCGCCCAGUGCCCGCUUUGAGCGGCUGCCACCUCGGGGAGAGGACAUUUACGCUGACCCCACCACCUUCAUGAUGAGGCGAUCCAUCAGUUCUCCGAAGUAUGACUAUUUGGGCGACAGGCGGCCUGUCCCAGCGGGAAUGUAUCCGUACCACUACCCAGCAUCCCCCACCGUCCAUGACAAAAUGGAUGAACUUUUAGACCUUCAGUUGCAAAGAAACCUAGAGUAUUUGGACCAGCAGAUGAGCGAGAGCGAAACCCUGAUCAGUAUGGUGAACAGGAUGGUGGAGACCUCCUCCCCUAGGGCUCAGAUCUACAUGCAAGUGACACCCUUCCCCGAGGCCUACAGGGAGACGCUGCAUGCCUACAAGAUAAGCGAGCAAGACACUGAUAAGCUGCUGGGGAAGCUCUGUGAGCAGAACAAGGUGCUGCGAGAGCAGGAGAGGCUGGUGCAGCAGCUCCGAGCAGAGAAGGAAAGCCUGGAGAGUGCACUGAUGGGGACACACCAGGAACUGGAGAUGUUUGGGAGCCAGCCUGCCUAUCCGGAGAAGCUGCUGCACAAGAAGGAAUCGCUUCAGAACCAGCUCAUCAACAUCCGUGUGGAGCUGUCGCAGGCCAGCACGGCUUUGGUGAAUAGCACUGCUGAGUAUGAGAGCCUGGAGAGCGAGGUGUCCGCCCUGCACGAUGACCUCUGGGAGCAACUGAACCUGGAUAUCCAGAACGAAAUGCUCAAUCGGCAGAUCCAGAAGGAGAUCUGGCGGAUCCAGGAUGUGAUGGAGGGGCUGAGGAAGAACAACCCAUCCCGCGGCACAGACACUGCCAAGCACAGAGUAGCCAUCGGCCCCUCAGGGACUUUCAGCUCCAACAGCCCUGCCAGCCCCCUGAGCUCAGCGAGCAUCACCAGCCCCCUCAGCCCCUUCUCCCUUGUUUCUGGCUCCCAGGGCUCACCCACCAAGCCAGGACCCAGUGAGGAACCAGGCCCGCCUCGACCUCCCCUCCCCAAGUCCUACAUACCCCUGGAGCCUCCUCCGACAGUUCCUCCGCUCCCCGGCGAGAGCCGUCUCUGGCCGUACCCCACCUCCCCUUCCUGGCAGCAAAGCGGCGAGGCGAAGAGGGGACAGCCCAAGCUGAGCUUCGAGCAGAGCAAGAAAGAGGGGCAGCGACUGGUUCCGUCUGGACCCACCGCCGAGGGGCUCCCACAGAGCCGACAGGAGCAGGAGGCAGACAAGCAAGCAGCUCUCAACAAGGUGGGCAUCGUCCCUCCUAGGACCAAGUCUCCAGCAGAGGAGGAGGUGCCUGCGGCCGGCGUGCCAAGGAGGAGCACCAGCGGCAUGGCCAACGGGCUCAGUUCUCGGGAGAGGCCAAAAAGUGCCGUGUUUGCCAAUGAGACAAAGGUGAAGAUGAGUGUGGAGGAGCAGAUCGACCGCAUGAAGCGCCACCAGAGCGGCUCAAUGAAGGAGAAGCGGCGCAGCCUGCAGCUCCUGGGCAGCCAGCAGCCUGACACCCCCGGCACAAAGGCACCCACCUCCUACAAGGUGGUGCGUCGGCACCGCAGCAUCCAUGAAGUGGACAUCUCCGACCUGGAGGCAGCGCUGCGCUCCGAUGACCCUGGCAAAGUCUACGAGACACCCCAGGAGGAGAUUGCCCGGCUGCGCAAGAUGGAGCUGGAACCACAGCAUUACGACGUGGACAUCAACAAAGAGCUUUCCACUCCAGACAAAGUCCUCAUUCCCGAGCGGUACAUCGAGCUGGAGCCUGAUACGCCUCUCAGCCCCGAGGAGAUGAAGGAGAAGCAGAAGAAAGUGGAAAGGAUCAAGACCCUCAUUGCUAAAUCCAGCCUGCAGAAUGUCGUCCCCUUGGGCGAGGGGGAGGUGGAUGUUCCCCAGGAUCCCGAGACGCAACUGCAGGAGCAGGAGAAGAGGAUAGAGAUCUCCUGUGCUCUGGCUGCUGAAGCCUCCCGCCGGGGCCGCAUGCUCUCGGCUCAAUGUGCUACCCCAAGCCCUCCCACCUCCCCAGCUUCCCCGACUCCACCGACCAACCCCCUCUCGUCUGAAACAUCCCGGGCCGCCGACAACAGCCAUUUUAUGCGUGUCUGAGCCAUGAACUCAAGCCCUGGCUGCUGUCGGCGUCAUCAAGUUCCAUGGGGCCACGUUUUAGCGCCCCAGCAGACACCAAACCUCUCGCCAUUGUUUUUGGUUCUCCCGGACCCUCUUCCCUCCCAUCGAAGGCGAGACCAUCCGGCACAGCUGAGCGGGGCGAUGCCUCUCCAACAGCACCAGCUCUGCCCCAUCCCGGAGGAGACAUGUGGGUGCUGGGACCGUGGUCCCUGAGGAGCCCCUUGGCUGCCAGCUGGCACGGGAACAGAUUGGUGGUGUCCUGGGCAUCAGGCUUGCAUGAACAGCCAGACAAGGGCCAUCUGCAGUGAUGGCCACCAGCACAGUGACCAUCUCCCUGCCAGGGCAGGCCUGGGGUAGCGUAGGACUCCCCGGGCUCCAUGUGCUAAUGCAUUGAUCUCCCAAAGGUCUGCAAAGGGGUUCUUCUGGGAGGAGACCAGCCAGUCCCCACCAUGGAUGGUGCUUCCACCUUACACUGGACCUGGAUGCUCCAUCACUGUUUCUUGGGUGCCUCUUCCCUUCCUUUUCCCUAAACCUGCUUGUAGCAUCGAACUGGCUGGUGGGAGUUGCUGGCAGAGCCUGGCCUGUCCCAUCAUUCCUUACAGGAGGAAUAAGGAGCUGUGUUGGGGUCAGGAUGGACAGACAUGGGACUGGAGGGGACAGUGGUGCCCGGGGGAGCAGUGUGUUCAGCAUCAGGGUGAUCCGAGGACUGCCCGGUGUGCCGCAGGCACGGAGCAGGAGGUCUGGGCAGGGAUGGGGAUGUUGCCCGGGAGCAGAGUAUGGGGUGGUGGAGUGCAGAGUGGAGCGGUGAAGCCAGGGAUCAGCAGGGAUGCCUCUGCGGGUGGAUGGGGACAGUGACAAGAAAGGGAAGGGGCUUUGGGCCAGGUGGCAGCAGCAGGGCUCGUCCUGGUGGCCCCCGGUCCAACCAUCACCUCCUUUCUGGCCCCUCUGAAGAUCUGGCACCGCAUCUCGCCCCACGGCCUCGCCAUUGCACUCCAGCGCCUUUGGCUUGUUUGGUUUUGCUGUAGCGAGUUUACCCUUUUCUUUAGCUUUUGGAGGGAGGGAAAGCAGGUUCUGCUGGAACAAGCAAAAUCCCAGGCGACGUGCAGGUGGCGGGGCUAGGAUGGGCAAGCUGGAGGGGACGGGAAGGUAAAUAAUGUCCAUACUGCAGUUCGUUCUCCCCUGGCCUCAUCCUGACCCUCCCAAGGACCUCUGCCCUCCUCUCUCCCCGCUCUGCAUCCCCAUCACGCCCCAUCUGAGCAAUACUGGUAGGAUCCCAGGAGCCCCAGGCCUCCCACAGCUCUCUUAGCUCAUAAAGCUGGCCCUUUAUUUUGCUAUUACAUGCCUUAAUAUAUGUUUUAUGGAAAUUAUACAUUUAUAAUAUA